CUGAUAGAUAGAUAUAUAUGAGCGAUCACGACCUGGACCCAGACCUGAGUGAUGUAUUCAGGAGUCUGUAUGGCGGAGAAGACUGGGCAUUCGACGAUGACGAGCCGUCGGAAGCGCUGGUGCCCGAUGUCGAGGUGGUGGAGAGGGAUCUCGAGUUGACGGACCAACGGUAUACAAGGGAGUACUUUCGGUCUAACCUUGACUCGCUAUUGGACCAUCGGACUGGCUCAACCUCACGUAUAUACCCGGCUGUGCGCACCUUCAACACCAUCGUCAGCUCAACGGAGCCUAUCCCUUCGGGCCCAUCGGGCUGCUAUGCUCCGUACUCUCAUCUUUCGCUCCUGAACCGACUGCAGACCUACACGACAUCCACGUUCUCGACUCAUCCUCCACCCCUCUCACCCGUUACGCUCGCUCUUCACGGAUGGAGGAAUGACGGACGUGAGACGCUCACAUGCGAUGCCUGUCAAGGCAGUUGGAAUCUGCUCGCCCUCGAGGAGAUCAGGGAUGGGAACGUCAGGGCAGAGGUAGCGAGACGGCUCGGCAAAGGACUACAGACUCGUCACUUGCCUUCUUGUCCUUGGCGAGCAAAGAGGACGCCCGACGAUGUCUACGCAACGAUCCGUACGAGUCUACAUCCCUUGGCUUUGCAAAGCCUAGCCGCGUUGGUCAAUUCACUUGAGCCAAAUGUGCCCCCUGGUCUACGAUACAUCUCACCUCUCGUGAGCGUCCUCGAAAGAGCUUGUCGGCUAACAUUAGUCCCCGACCCAGGUAUCCACACUCGCCACACGUCUUGCUAAAGACGCUGCAAACGCAGAGAUCGUCUCUGUGCUCGCCUUUUUCGCCUGGUAUCCGUACUCUCCAACGGAGUCGAUUAUCGCUCGCACCACCACCACCGAUGUCCUCUGCUGCAGAUUAUGUCGUCGGCGCGUGGGGUUAUGGCAAUAUGCUGACGGCAAUGUCUUUGAUGUGCGGGAUGAGCACCUCGGGUGGUGUCCCAUUCGAGCAGACGAUUGGUGGUCCAAUUCGGAGCUGCUGAAGGAGAAGAAGCGGACUUGGGAUACAGCGUGGGAGAAAGACUGGGUAAAAGUCAGCGAUCAGUUGGUAGAGAGGCCUUGGCGGAAGCGGCGGAAAUAGGACGCUGUAGAUGCAUGAAGCGAGGCCGAUGUGUGCAGCUGGCUGGGGGGGGG